GGUGGCGCUGUCUGUAACGUCGCAGCGGCCUCGGCUGCCGCGACGCCGACCUCCCGGCGGGCAGUGCGGCCCGGCUCUCCCGCUGUAGCGAGUGCCACGUCCCAGGCGCUGCGCGGAGGAGCCGAGCGGGCGGCGCGCAGCGGACGGGGAACAACGCGGAGCGCGGCCCGGACACACUGACCGCCCACCGCCAUGGGCUCCUCGCAGAGCGUCGAGAUCCCAGGCGGGGGCACCGAGGGCUACCACGUCCUGCGGAUUAUAACUGUCUUGAUGUCAGUGACUGUGUUCCUAUAUUAGCUUUGUACAAGAAAAUUCCCCAGGACAUAGAGCUGGACUGGAGCCAUUCUUUGACUUUAUUGUUUCUAUUAAUGGUUCAAGAUUAAAUAAAGACAAUGACACUCUUAAGGAUCUACUGAAAGCAAAUGUUGAAAAGCCUGUAAAAAUGCUUAUCUACAGUAGUAAAACCCUGGAGCUGCGAGAGACCUCAGUCACACCAAGUAACAUGUGGGGUGGCCAGGGCUUGUUGGGAGUGAGCAUUCGUUUCUGCAGCUUUGAUGGGGCAAAUGAAAACGUUUGGCAUGUGCUGGAAGUGGAAUCAAAUUCUCCUGCAGCGCUGGCAGGUCUUAGACCUCAUAGUGAUUAUAUCAUUGGAGCAGAUACAGUCAUGAAUGAGUCUGAAGACCUAUUCAGCCUUAUUGAAACACAUGAAGCAAAACCAUUGAAACUUUAUGUGUAUAAUACAGACACUGAUAACUGUCGAGAAGUGAUUAUUACACCAAAUUCUGCAUGGGGUGGAGAAGGCAGUCUAGGAUGUGGCAUUGGGUAUGGUUAUUUGCAUCGAAUACCUACACGCCCAUUUGAAGAAGGAAAGAAAAUUUCUCUUCCGGGACAAAUAACUGGUACACCUAUUACUCCUCUUAAAGAUGGGUUUACAGAGGUGCAGCUCUCCUCAGUUAAUGCCCCGACUCUGUCACCACCAGGAUCUACAGAAAUUGAACAGGGUCUGUCGGGACUUUCCAUUAGCUCAACUCCACCAGUUGUCAGUAAUGUUCUCAGUACAGGAGUACCAACAGUACCACUGUUGUCACCACAAGUAACCCAGUCCCUCACUUCCAUGUCACCAAUGAGCCCAGCUCCUACAUUACCAGGUCUGAUGCCUUUGCCAGCAGGACUGCCCAACUUACCCACCCUCCCCAACCUCAACCUUCCCUCACCACCCGUCUUACCAGGUGUUGGCUUGCCAGAGCUUGUGACCCCGGGUUUGCCACCUCUUCCCCCCUUGCCUACCCGAAGCUUACCAGGCAUUGCAUCUCUCCCCGUGCCGUCUGAAUUCCUCUCGUCAUUCCCUUUGGUUCCAGAGGCCUCUUCUGCAGUGGGCUCUGGGGAGCUGCUGUCCACCCUCCCACCCACUGGCAGCCCGCCCGCCGGCCCAGUCACGACUGCUACGAGGGCAGAUGCUGCCUCUGCCUCCACUGGGGAAGCGCAUCCCCCUGCGCCCGCAGCCCCCACCACAGCCGAGGACAGAGGAGGCGAACCCACCUCAGCCAGCGAGAAGCCUGUGUCUGCGGUCACUGAUGCGAAUGCCUCUGAGUCACCGUGACUCUGAACCGGUCUUUGUAAUUGGCUUGGUGUGCUUCUUACUUAACCGUGGGAGCGUGUCUGGAAAUGCAAACUAUCAUAAUUUCAUACUAGUUUGUACCGUAUCUGUAGGUGUCCUGUAAAUAAUUCUAAGGGGAAAACUAAGCAAGAAGACAUGGGCCUGUAUCCUGCCAAGUCAGAGUGGGGCUCAUGGGCCUAGGAGGGAAAUGUCAGAGAGUGCUUGUAUUUUAAAACACCAAAAAGAAUUGUAAGGGUGGCUUGCUGCCAUGUUUCCACUGCCAUUCUUGGGGGUGUGCAUCUUUGGGAACAGUGGUGACAGGGCAUUCACUAGGCUCCCUGUCCCCUGCUGCUCCUUCUGUAAGAAAAAAAGAAAUAUUUUAUGCCUAGUAUUCACAUGCUAAGUUUCUUGUACUUUGUAAAUGUUUGCAAGAAUGCAGACCACCUCGCUAAACCAUAAAAAGAAAAGGUAUUUUACUUUGGUCUCUGUGAGUCACAUCUCUAUUAAGGUUUACACUGAAAUUCCAACUAAAGAUGUUUGUUACACUGUGCACACUAUUAAUUGAACAUCUUUUUAUUCAGCCUAUACACAGAUCUUUCUUUGGAGCUCUCAAAAUUACAGACAACAUUUUGUAACUGCUGCUGUUGCUUUAUUACAUCCACCAUAAAAUGACAUUUAAAAAGAAAUAAAAGAGAUGUUACACAG